AUGGAGUUGCCGACGGUAUCCUCGACUCCAUGGACGUUUCUCCCCGGGACUGCCCAGCCCGUUUUCUUCGGAGACCUGAACGCCACGAUCAGCAGCGGGAAUGCACAGAACGCCACCGAGCAGGUCUGGUGGCAGCCGGGACCCGAGGCUUUUCUAGUGCCGCUUUUCUUCGCUAUUAUCAUGGUGGUGGGACUGGUGGGGAACUACCUGGUCAUCUACAUCAUCCUCAAGAACAAGGAGAUGCACACGGUGACGAACUAUUUCAUCCUGAACUUGGCCGUGACGGACCUGUCCUUUCUGGUGUUCGUGGUGCCCUUCACCGCCAGUACCUACCCCCUCACGAGCUGGGUCUUCGGACAGUUCAUGUGCAAGUUCGUCAUUUACUAUAGCCAGAUCACGGUAACGGCUACCUGCAUCACCCUGACCGCCAUGUCAGUGGAUCGCUACUUCGCCAUCGUCCAUCCCAUCAAGUCCAAACAGUGGCGGACACCGCGCAUGGCUAAAGUCGUCAGCGCUGGUGUGUGGCUAGGGUCGAUCGUGGGCUCGCUGCCGAUGGCGAUCUUCUCCCGUCUGGAGCCGUACGACUUCUACGGUCCGGGGGAGGUUUACUGCUCCAUGUUCUACCCCAACAGCACCUGGGAGGCCGGAUACAUGACCUACACAUUCGUUGCUGCCUACAUCCUUCCGGUUGUCAUCAUCACGGCCUGCUACAGCCAGAUGCUGCGGCGUCUGUGGACCCGUAUCGCUCCGGACGGCGGCCUCACCGAGACGGACCGAAUCAUGCCCCGCAGAUCUAACCAGAACGCCAUGCAGCAGAAGCGCCGCACCACGAGGAUCGUGCUGGUGGUGGUCGUGUGCUUCACGGUCUGCUGGGGGCCCAUCAUGAUCCUGAACCUGGUGAAGAGUUACCAUGGCAACGCCUUCCCGCUGGACUUCUCCAUGUCCUGUGUGAAGAUCUGGGCCCACUGCAUGUCGUUCGCCAACUCCUCCGUCAACCCUUUCGUCUACGCGUUCAUGGGGGGCAACUUUCGCAAGGCCUUCCGCAAGUCCUUCCCGCGCUGUUUCCGGCGGGCCCGCGUCGCGCCGCAGGGGGAGGAGCCUUACUCCAACAGCGACCACGUCAGCCUGCUGUCCCGCCGGCAGGGCGCCUCCCAGCGGCGGGACAUUCCACUGCAGCCCAUCAACGAAGCAGGCCACACCAGCCAGGGCACCACAAGCCCGGCUAUGGGCACAACUAGCCCGGCUUUGGGCACUAUUAGCCCGGCUAUGUAG